CUAACGACACCACGGCAUUGUCAGAGCAGUAUUUAAACACGGGCGACAGAUUAACAGGGAGAAAUCAAUAGGUAACUUGAUCUGGAUCGAUUUUUCUGCGGCAAUGUAAAAAUGGCGAGAGUGCUCCACAACUUGCUGUUAUUUCUAAUCAGACUUGCGCUGAAAAUCAGAGUUUUGGGGUAUUGGUCGCUUAUAUACGGUUAUUGUGCUCUUUGCACCGUCGCAGCCUUGCUGAAACUUUGGUGGAACAUCAUCCUGAGGCCGACAACAACCUUUCAAUGGGUGAUUCGUGAAACUCCCCCAGCUUGUCUGAAUGACACGUCCUUGGGAACCCACUGUUAUGUUAGGAUCAAGGAAUCUGGCCUCAGGUUUCACUAUGUCGCUGCCGGAGAGAGAGGAAAGCCGCUCAUGCUCUUCUUACAUGGCUUCCCUGAGUUCUGGUUUUCCUGGCGAUACCAGCUGCGUGAGUUCAAGAGUGAAUUCCGUGUGGUGGCCAUCGACAUGCGGGGCUACGGCGAGUCAGACCUACCGCUCUCUUCUGAAAGCUAUCGCUUUGAUUACCUGGUCACUGACGUCAAGGACAUUGUGGAGUACUUAGGAUACAACAGAUGCUGCCUUGUUGGCCAUGACUGGGGAGGAACCAUAGCGUGGCUGUUUGCCAUUCAUUAUCCCGAGAUGGUGACAAAGCUCAUUGUUCUAAACUGUGCCCAUCCUUCUGUGUUCGCAGAUUACGCUCUGCGUCACCCGAGCCAGCUGCUGAAAUCCAGUCAUUUCUUUUUCUUCCAGCUGCCCCGCUUCCCAGAGCUCAUGCUCUCCAUCAAUGAUUUCAAGGCUCUGAAGGCCUUGUUCACCAGCCGAAACACAGGGAUCGGGAGGAAAGGCCGAUGGCUCACUGCGGAGGACUUAGAGGCCUAUCUGUAUGCACUCUCACAGCCAGGGGCUCUGACCGGAGCCCUCAACUACUACAGGAAUGUCUUCAGCUCCCUCCCUCUUAGCCAGAACCACGUCAGGUCUCCAGUGCUGCUGCUGUGGGGGGAGCGAGAUGCCUUCUUGGAGCAGGAAAUGGCGGAGGCAUGCCGCCUCUACAUCCGGAAUCAUUUCCGCCUCAACAUCAUCUCUGGAGCCAGUCACUGGCUGCAGCAAGACCAGCCUGAUAUUGUAAAUACCCUCAUAUGGACCUUCCUGAAGGAGGGAGAGGGACGCAAAAGCUACAGGAACUAAAUCCACAGAGAGGCCUCCUCCAGCCCCCUCCACCCCCCUUUAUCUCCCCUCUCACUUGCCACACUUGGAAGCCUGGAAUAUGCCUGUGAUACCAAGCAACAUAGUGAUAAUGCAAUCAUUAUUUUAAUCUUAUCAUUUCAGAUAUUUCUAAAGACGACAGCAGUACAGGAAAGAAACAAAGCACACUUCACUGGAGAGGACACUGGGCAGUAUGUGUGGCACAUAUUCAAGAUGUUUUUGCACAUGACAUCCGCCUUAAAGUUUGUCAGUUACAGCAUUACAAAUGUGUGGCAAAAUCUCCUUGUGACUUGUAUUGUGUGGUGCCUUUUAACUUUCAAGUUGUCGCGGUGUAAAGAUGUCCUGAGAGACUGGGAUAUGGUGUCGUCUGCUGUACGUGUAUGUCUCAUCGGGUCGCUCCUUUCUUCUUUGGGCACAGUCCUUUGGGAGCCGAACGCUCCAGAUCCCUUUAUCAGGUAGUGUUGUCUAAAGGAGGUUUCUUUUUGUAUUUUCUCCUCAGAGAUAUACCUGCUGAAUUGUAGAGAAUGUUGUUAUCUUGACCUUCAUGUAUAGAAAUGUCAGUGAUGGUUGACUAUUGUACUAUUUUGUAUCUAUUCCUACACACUGCAUUUUGGAAUCCACUGAGCCAGGUCUACACCAUUUGAUUUUAUAAAUAAACUAA